CAACCAUAUAAAGGGUAGGCUCUCCACCCUCCUCCGUUUUGGAAUCUCUCACUCCAUCUUUGAUCAUCCAUUGUCUUUCUUCACCUGCCCCUCCAUAUCACGCAUACCGCAACCUCGCUCCUACACUCUUCAUCAACGGCCCUCAUCGCCGCCUUCCUCUUCACCCAUAGGCAUAUCAUGGCUGAAAAAUCAAAAUACAACACGACUGAAAAGUCAGAACGUAAUGAAUAUACUCAAGAAAAGGCCACUCAGCUUACUGAAGACAGUUUGGAGAUAAGCAAUCUAACAGAUCAAGAUGAGUUUGUCUAUGAGCCUCACCAAUUCACUUGGCGUGCUGCAAUCGUAGGCUCCUUAUUAGGAUGCGUUGUUGCUGCAAGUAACUUGUACUUGGGUCUAAAGAUCGGCUGGACCUUUGGUGCUGCCCUCUGGGGUUCCAUCUUUGGUUUCUUGGUCCUUAAAUCCUUGUCCAGGUUUACAGGUUCUGUGUUCGGGCCCAAAGAAAACACAGUUUGCCAGACUGCUGCCACAGCCUCUGGUGGUCUCUCCAGUGGGUUUGUAACUGCUAUCCCUGCCAUGUACCGCAUGGGUCUCAUGAAGGACCGGACUCCAAGUGACGACGUUGUAUCGCUACUUCUCUGGACAAUGACCGCCGCUUUCUUCGGCACUUUCUUUGCUGUUCCCCUCCGUUCUCACUUCGUCAUCAACCAGGAUCUCGUUUUCCCCACCCCACGAGCCGCUGCUGAGACUAUCAAGAACUUGCACAGGGCCGGUUCCGCGGCUGCUAAGGAUGCUCGUGAUGCUGGCAGGGCUAUGAUGAUUUCCUUUGCCACAGCCAUGAUCUGGGCCAUUAUUGGAUUCUUCAUUCCUGGAAUCUUUGGAACUAUCCAUAUCCUUUACUACAUUGGCAAGGCUGCCAACUAUACAAAGAUGAUGAAUGCUGAUGCUGAGUGGGGCUGGGCCUUUACCUGGGAUUGGGCCUUCUUUGGCGCUGGUUUGAUGACUCCUGGAAGCACUGUCUUCUCGUUCUUGUUAGGAGAGCUGAUUGCCUUUGGUAUUGCUGGUCCUCUCAUGACCUCUGCCGGCUAUUUGACCGGACGUGGUGGCUUUCCUCCUCCACCAGCCAUUGGUUCUGCUCAGUCAUGGUUCCUUUGGCCUGGUGUCGGAAUGAUGGUCUUCACUGCUUUCACUGAACUCGGAGUUCGCUACGAGUCACUCAAGCAUGGUAUUUUGUCUGCUGUCCACGGAGGUCGUAACUUGAUCCGCAAGCUGCAAAAGAAGGAAGCCUUGGUCAGAAGCUCCGAUUAUGUUUCUAAAGAUACUACCCCUGCUCACGAAAUGAUUCCUGCCUCGUGGUGGCUUUCCGGCCUUGCUGUGUCAGGCAUUUUUACUAUCCUGGUCAUGUAUUUCUAUUUUGACGUCCCAGUUUACGCCACUAUCGGAGCCAUUAUUCUGUCGUUCAUGCUCGCCUUUGUUGGUCUUCAAGCCUCAGGUGAGACCGAUAUCAACCCUACUGGAGCUGUUGCCAAGGUCACUCAGCUAGUUUUCUCUCGUGUUCCUGGUGCCGAUCUUGCCACUGUUCAGAAGACCAACUUGAUGUGCGCCAACAUUGCUGCCUCAGUCUGCUCUCAGUCUGUUGACAUGGUUGGGGACCUUAAGACUGCCCAGUUGCUCAAUGCUUCUCCCAAGGCCAUGUUCUGGGCCCAGAUGGUUGGAUCAGUCUUUGCUGUUGGUGUCGCCAUCCCUCUGUUCUUGCUUUACACCCAGGCCUAUCCAUGUGUACUCAACCCUAAUCUUCCUGGGAAAUGCCAAUUCGAAGCCCCUUCGGUCGUUGCAUGGGAAAAUGUUUGCAAGAUUUUGACCGGCGACGGUUCCAUUCCCAGGGAGUCGAUGAUUUUGACCAUCGUCUUGUGUAUCCUUGGAGUCGUCAACGUUAUUGUUCGUGUCAAGUUCGUCCCUGAUGCAUGGAAGUCUUACUGGAUCAACCUGAACGCUGUUGGCCUUGGAUUUAUUAACCCUUCACCUAGCAUUGUUUUUGCCAUGCUGGUUGGCUGGACAGCUGGACAUAUCUGGAAGCGUACAAACAUACGGAGCCAUGAGCGUCUUAUGUAUUCUGUCAGUGCUGGUUUAAUUAGUGGCGUUGGUAUCGCAGGUUUGCUCAAUGCUGCUUUGACCAUAGGUGGUGUUGAAGAAGGUCCUGUUAGAGUCGGGUGCGGUGAUGAUGGCAUUCUCUGCUAA